AACUACUGCCAGCUAAGAAGAUUGGAUAGCAAUAAAAAUCUUGGAUUGCCCUAAAUGCACCCUAUGUCUUAUAUGUAUUAGACAUAUAAGCCUGUUACAACCUCUGCCAAAGGGCUGAUGCAAAGGGGUAUGUACUUAAUUUACCGGAUGUGCUUCAGUAUGAUUGCUUUUGAAUGAGAAUAAAACAGUACUAGAUGAUUAUUAUUAUGUUCAACUCAAUAUAAUGAUACACAACAAAAAUAAGUUCUCAUUGACACGCAGUGUCUGACUAACAGCCAAAUGGCAACAGGCAAGGCCAACAAUGGUGUUAUUGGGAAUACUCAAGGACCAGACGUGCGAAGCAUGUGUCUUUAUGGUCCAAUACGUCUGACCAAGGCCCAUAGUCAUUAAUCCAUCGUUACAGGCUACAUGCAGGCAUCCCGGGCUCUGAUGAUUUCUUCUAUCCUGAUGGGGGCAUUUGGCAUCCUGGCUACUCUGGUGGGGAUGAAGUGCUCCAAAGUAGGAGGAGAGAAUUACAUCCUAAAGGGAAAGAUGUCUGGGAUGGGUGGAGUGUUCUACCUUCUACAGGGUAUGUGUACAAUGAUUGCUGUGUCAUGGUAUGCGGUCAACAUCACCCAGGAUUUUUUUAACCCGUUGAACCCAGUGAAUCCAAAGUUUGAUAUCGGAGAGGGCCUCUUCUUUGGCUGGGGCUCAGCUGCACUCGCUAUCUGUGCUGGUUCAUGCCUGAUAUGUGCAUGCAGAUUCAAGUCCAGUGAGAAGAAACUGCCUUACCCAUACCAGUCUCCCACCAGAGGGACAGUUUAUUCUGCUGCACCAGGAUCUCAUCCCUCAGCACUCACCCACAGCCAAUAUGGGAGGAAUGCUUACAUCUGAAGUUAAAAUGGGAAUAAUUAAGGUUACUCUAAUUCAAAAUGACAAUUGUGCUUUAGCAUAGAGAAAAUGCCACACAUAACAUAUAUAAUUUCCCUUUGAGAAAAAGCCUGUUUCAAGAUUCAACUGGACUGUAUCUCAAACCUCAAACCCACCAUAACUCCUUCUAACCAGGAAAGACCUACCUUCUGGACAAACAAAUUACCAACAACCAGCUUUUUUAAACCAUCUAUUCCUCAGUUGGCAUUCAUAAACAU